AAAUAAGAAUUGCUUCUUUUGUUUGUGGCGUGUUUGCUUGAGAUGACAAGGCUGCACAUCUUCGUAGGGUAGCGGCCAGGACUCGGCAAUUGUGACAAUUUAAUUGUGAUAGAUCUGAUACUCGAGCCAAUAAUCCAUGAACCGAGUCAAAUAUCUCUAGAUUGGGUUCAGCACAAUACUCUUGGCAAUCUUUCUGGUUGCAAGGCUCCAAAAAGGCUAUCAACACCCUUACCUAAUCAAUCUCAGCCUCGCCUUGAACAAUCCAUUCUUCAUCCAAAACCAGAACCACCGUCUCGGAACGAAGCACAGAAAGUAUGUCGGACUCGGAUGACGACUAUAUCGCAGACGCUCCCUCUGACGACGAGAGGCCUCACAAUGUCUCUGCGCACGGCACACGUUCCACCGGCCCUGUGAGAGGAAAUGCAGGAAACAAUCGAGGCGAGACCAACACCAGCAACCGGAGGAGAGCUGCAUGGGAGGAUAUCCAGAGGAGUUGGGAUACUGUUGUUGAGGGCGCGGAUGGGAGUAUCAAUUCUGCAGUGGAAGGGCUGAGAGAUGCUGGGAAGAGGAAAAGGUGAGGUUCUUUGCGCAAGGCAAUGUCUUGAUACUGAUGUAUUAUCCAGGCUGUUGCGAGACACCACGCCUUUACAAAGAGGUAUAAUACGACAUCUGAUACUCAUUCUCGAUUUCUCUUUUGCAAUGGUAGAAAAAGACUUGCGACCUACAAGAUAUCUCCUCACCCUACGUUUCGCAUCCGAGUUCGUCACCGAGUACUUCGAGCAGAACCCCAUAUCUCAACUUGGAAUACUAGGCAUGCGCGAUGGAAUUGCAAUCCGAGUCAGCGACAUGAGCGGAAACCCCGCAGAACAUAUUGAAAAUCUAAAAAGAUUCCGAGAGCAGCAACCACAAGGAAACCCAAGUUUACAAAAUGCCCUCGAAAUGGCGCGCGCAGGGUUAUACCACUCUCCGUCCCACGGAACCCGUGAGGUACUCAUCAUAUACGGCGCGCUGCUGUCUAGUGAUCCGGGUGAUAUCCACGAUACGAUAGCAUCACUCGUUACAGAUCGAAUACGAGUAUCUGUCAUAGGGCUAGCGGCCCAAGUCAAGAUCUGUGCAGAGCUAUGCUCAGUCACUAAUGCAGGCGACCAAGGGAACUAUAACGUCGCGCUCAAUGAGCAGCAUUUCCGGGAACUGGUUAUGGGAUUAACUACACCUCCCGUGACGAGGACAAAGAAGCAGUCACAGUCGAGUCUGCUUAUGAUGGGCUUCCCAUCGCGGACAUCUGGGGCGGGGAAAACGAUGAGUUUUUGCGCCUGUCAUAGCAAGCUAGUUCGAGGUGGAUAUCUCUGCUCGAGGUGUGACAGUAAAGUUUGUGCCUUGCCGGCAGAAUGUCCAGCUUGUGGUUUGACGCUCAUUCUUUCCACGCAUCUGGCGCGGUCGUAUCAUCAUCUUUUCCCAUUGAGAAACUGGGUGGAGGUUCCUUGGUCGCAGGCGGGGAAGUCGAAAGCGUGCUUUUCUUGCUUGACGCCUUUCCCGGCUGUUCCUAAGGGGAAGGCGAAUGGUGAGGAGGGGGUUGUUGACGGGGAGGUUUUGGGGAAUAGUGAGAGUGGGAGGUAUGCGUGUGAGGUGUGCAAGAAUCACUUUUGUGUUGAUUGUGAUGUUCAUGCUCAUGAAGUUGUCCACAAUUGUCCUGGAUGUCAAAGCGAUACUCGUGAUCACAACAUAGGCGUGGCACAUGAGAUCGAGAACGGCGGCGAUCCAAUGGUGGAAUGAAAGAGCCACAGAAGUGCAAAUAUAGAGGAAUGGCCAUCGCAGAAAUGAUAAGCUGUUUUAACAGAGAACAUUACAGGCAUUGGGAUAUCGGAGCGGGGUGGUGCGCGUGGUGAUAAAAUCCCGAUUUAACUUCCUGAGUAUUGGAGUUCGGUCCCUCACCAGCUCGACUUCGCUGAAUAGUUGGGAUGAGGAUCCGGAAGGAGUACCAAAUAAAAUGGUAUGGAAUUUAGCUCGUCGUCUGGGCUAUUGUCCCAUGAGACUAGCUCAUUAAAGACAAGCCUCUUCGAUGCCGGGGAUGGUAGUUUUGAUCCAGAGAUGAGAAAGAGGGGAAAUUCAGACAUAGAACUUGAAAUAAGGCAGCUAGUGCAGACUAUAUAGAAUCAGUGGCCACUUGUUUCUAAUACCUCAACUUUUCUGGAAUAUUAUUUUAAAU